AUGGAGAAGUCCGCGAUUCUGGGACGCCUGGUGCGCGUGUCUGGGUUCCAAGAACGCCUUCUGGCGGACGACCUUUUCUUCCUUAAAGUCUUCUUCGAGUGCGGCGUCGGAAUGUUCACUAAGACUUUGGCCGAGUAUGAUCGCCGAAAGGAGAAUUUCAUGAAGGAGAUCAACUUCGUGAUCGCCGAUAUCGUAAUGGCGCUCUUCGCGGACUUCAUGCUGGUUUACCUGCCAGCUCCCACCAUUGCGCUGCGCGCUCCUGCCAUUAUCAAGGGCAACAAGAUCGCAUCGUUCUUCGCGCGUUGCCCUGACAAUGCCUUCCAGAUGGCGCUGGGAGGAGCCAAGUACAAUCUUUUGCAACGAGUGGGCUGUGUCGUGAGAAAUGGCGGGAAGCUAAUGGCCGUGGGAACAGUGUCGUCCUUGAUUGGUACUGGUGUCACAAAUGCACUGGUUGCUGCUGGCAAGAAGAAAGAGGCUGCUGCUACUGGCAAGGAGGUGGUGAAGGGCGAGGGGGAGCUUCCUUUGGUGGCAACAAGUGUUGCGUAUGGUGCAUACAUGGCCGUCUCGAGCAACUUGAGGUGA